AUGUCAGGAAAAGGAAAGCACGGCGGGAAGGGCAAGCUGUCCGAGUCAGUGAAGAACUCCACGUCGCACCUGGCGCGUGCCGGGCUCCAGUUCCCCGUGGGACGUGUCAAGCGGUACUUGAAGAAGCAGGCGCAAAAUAAGAUCCGGGUGGGCUCGAAGUCGGCGAUCUACUUGACGGCGGUGCUCGAGUACUUGACCGCCGAAGUGUUGGAGCUUGCUGGUAAUGCUGCCAAGGACUUGAAGGUCAAGAGAAUCACGCCGAGACACUUGCAAUUGGCCAUCAGAGGCGACGAAGAGUUGGACAAUUUGAUCAAGGCCACCAUCGCCUUCGGGGGGGUGUUGCCCCACAUCAACAAGGCGUUGUUGUUGAAGGUGGAAAAGAAACAAGGGCCCAAGUAG